GCUGCACGGGGCAGCGCUGCAGAAGAGAGAUGAGCCCGGCCUUGUGACUGCAACCACCACGCUUUAUAUCCCAUCUGGGCAUUCGCAUUAUUAGCAGCAGGCUCUUUUUCAUGUGGGCCCCGGCCUGCCGUUGAACGCCUUGGGUCUGUCCCAUUGUGGCCAUGUACUUGCCUACCUGGGCAGUGGGCAGUGGGCAGUGUGCGUCGCCCAUGAUCAGGACCCUCCAAUGAAACCUCAACCCAUGACCCCCGCCUGCCCCAGAGGACCUCAGGCCCACGAUGACAGAAGGGGGAAUUUCUCGUGGCAUCAUGGGUAGGGCGGGUUGACAUCCCCUGGGGUCGAUCUCUGAAGAGAUGCACUCCUGCCCGCCUUUCUUUUAUUCCCCUCCUGCCGCUGGCUGCUAUCGCACCGCGCUCUCUCUCUUGUGGUCUGUCUCCAAAGGUUUGAUCGCCCAAUCGAUCCGUCCCUUAGCCUUGCCAGCAUUCAGUCGGCCUUGUCGUUCCUUACACCGGUAUCCUCUCGUCCACUCGUUUGUCCACACUUCUCCGACUCCGGCUUUUCCUUGCGUCGAGUAUCGAGUACAUGCCGUAACGUCGUACUCCAUAGCCUAGACUUCCAGCUGCCCGCAUUUCCUUCGCCGUCCUUCACUAUUACAUCGACAUCCUCAGUCCGUCUCGUCUAGCUCAGACCCAUUGCCCCUACGCCAAACUCUGUUUGCUCUGUCCAGCCCUCUUGUUUCCUCGGCCAAUAUUGUUUGAUCUCCCACCUUCAAGCGAGUGCUCGUGCCUCUCGGCCGACUUUACCUGAGCUUCUUCCCCGUCCUGCCCGUCCUGCCCGUGCCCUCUUUUCCCACUUUUGUUGACGGAUGAUGAGUCCCAUUCGCCUGCACACCUGCUAGACCCGGUGGAUUUUCUCUUUUCCCUACAGAGUCUUCUCGUCUCCUCACCUGGGCAUAUAGGGAGCUGUGAGGGGCCAACCGGGAAAUACCAGUAAUACCAAGGUCUCCUCAGUCACACACAAUGAGGGCUACUCGGAUACCAGGGAUAUGGGGUGUGCUCUUCUGCUUCCUCCUGUGCUUUCACGUCGCCCUCGCGGGUGUUGCGCAACCCCUUCCACGGCAGGAUGAUAUUAUAACCGACGCUCCUGCCUCGGCCGCACCCUCAUCUACCACUGAAGAUGCUGCCUCGGCAUCCUUCACAAUUUCAGCAGACAACUCCGCCAUUUCCGGGGUUGAGAGCUCCCCUAUACCAUCCUCGAUAUCUGCAACCGAGACGGGCACUCCAGUGCCCACAGUGACAGGCGGUACCACUGAUCUUAACUCUACUCUAUUUAAUAUUACUAUUGCUGCGGGUGAACUACCCUUGAAGCCCCGCGUCACUCCGGGGUUCUCUGUCGCCGGCGUCAUCCUGAUCUUGACGGGCACUGCCUACACCCUCAUCGGCAUCAAGACCCGGUGGCUGCACUGCUUCCUUUCUGCCGGUUUCCUGGCCGCCGUCGGUGUGACAGUUCUCAUCAUAUAUGUCAUGAACCCACCCAUAUCCAAUGGUGUGCAGGGCGCCUACGUUGUCGCAGCCACAGGCACGGGACUGUUACUCGGUGGUGCCGCCCUUGUCUUCAAGGAGGUCACGGAAUGCCUUGCUUGCUUGCUGGGUGGGUUCUGCCUGGCCAUGUGGCUUCUAACCUUGAAGGAAGGUGGUCUGCUCGGCUCAGGAGGAGCUCCUGUGACAAUAUUCAUCGCCGUGUUCUCGGCUGCCUCGUUUGCGGGCUAUUUCAGCAGAUGGACGCGAGCCCAUUUCAUGAUCGCUUGCAUCUCCCUCAGCGGGGCAACUGCAGUUGUCAUGGGGAUUGACUGCUUCAGCCGUGCUGGGCUCAAGGAGUAUUGGGCGUGGGUCUGGAACAUUAAUGAUAAGCUGUUCCCCUUUGGUGCCGAUACAUAUCCGCUCACCAGGGGGAUCAAAGUCGAACAAGCUGUUACCAUCAUCAUCGCCCUUAUCGGCCUCGUCUCCCAGAACAAGCUCUGGCUCGUUGUCAAGGCACACCGGGCGAAGAAAGAGGAAGAACGCAUCAGAGCGGAAGCCGAAAACCAGGAGCAUGAAGCAAACGUGGGAAGGGACGUAGAGAUGGCCACUGCGAGCGAAAGGAAGCAGUGGGAAGCAGUCUAUGGCAGCAAGAGCGGCAUGGGAGUGCACACCUCGGAAGAUUCUAAUGUCGGGGAUAUCUACCACGAAAGGAAGGCUCGGAACAGUGGUACAACCACCACCGCCACGGCAACCCGCCGCUCAACGAUCGACGAGCGAGAGGAAAUUGAGUUGGCCGAGAUCCCAAUCGUCGAGGAGCAAUCUCCGGUCAGUGCCGAGGCGAAGCUCGUGGAGGAACGGCCCGAGCCGCCACCAAAGCCCAAGACGGCAGCAGAGAAGGUCCUCGACAGGAGCGCAGAUGGCAUGGUUACUGUCCGCGUUGCUGCUGACGACGAUACACUCGGCUCGCCGGCCGCCGAAAACGAAGAAAAGUUCUGGCUCAUUGGCGAUGAUGGAGAGGCGCGACUCGUCCCCAAAGCGUCUGCAGAAUUCAGAGCAAAGUCCUCGACGCCAACGCCAAAUCUCGUGUCGCUUCCCUUCCGAGUGCCCGCUGAGGCUGCCGAGACUGUGGCAGGAGGUGACGACGACCAAUCUUCUGUGGCUGCGAUCGCCGACCACGACGGUGACUUUCUGGAGACACGAAGCACCGCGAGCAGGAGGAGCUCAAUUGUGAAUCGACUAUCAGUCGGGUCAGUCGACUUAUUCCGGAGGAUAUCACAGCGAUCAUUGGGGAGGAGAAUGGACACUGCGGCUCGUGGCAAGAGCGCGAGUAGAGAGGAUUUGACGUCUCCCGUGAAGGAGGACAAUGAGUCCAUCGCCGCUACUCUGGAUGGGUCAGACGAGGGCAGCAUCAGGGCAGUGACACCAACUGAUGAGAAACCUUUUAACAAGGAGAUCAAGGCCGAGUUGGCAGGCGAGAGGACACAAGAGAAGGCCCCUGCGGAGACACCGGCCUCGGGAGCGACUGUCUCAACUGACAUUCUGAAGUCAUCGGCAGCCGACCAAAACACAACAAAGUCUCCAGAUGCGAACGCCACACUCAAGCCAAGCCUAGAAUCGAUGCUCACAUCAGAGAAGGCAGACGCAAAGAAAGUGGAAGAUGCAUCGCCUGUAAACGAGGAGAGCGUGUCUAAAGCGGGCAAGUCGAUUGCAUCAGAGACCUCCUCCGUCCCGGUGAGCCUCACGAAGGAUCGACUUCCUCGCGGGCUGUCCAAGGUCGCACUGUCGUACCGAACCAAUGAAUGGGCCAAGCACCUGUCCAACGCCGAGAUGCCUUCACCGGCCGAGCUCCGGAUCCCACACGAGCCGGAGCCAGAGCUUAUCGAGGUCAAAGAGGUUGAGGAGAAAGCAGCGCCGGUGGACGUGAAUGAGCUGAAGAAGACGGCCUUGGACGCCACUCCACCUCCUGCCAUGCCCAGAUCUGUCUCGAGGAUGUCAGUACAGCAAGCGGCCCUUGCACAAGGACACCUUUCACCGGCCCAGCGAGUGUCUUCAGACGUGAGGCGCGUUUCUGGAAGGGCCAUAUCUGCAAUGGCAGAGGACGACGACACCAGGUCCAUAAUGAGUAUCGACAGCAGGAACGCUGCCAGGAGUGCGGCGGCGGCUGCUUUGACAGGUGAAGCAGUCAGCGGGACACCAGCCAUGACCGCGAGCGGGAACAGCAGCCCCCCCGCGGCCAAACACAUUUCAUCGAGACCACCUGUGCCCGGCCUGGUCUCUUAUGACAGCCCACAGACCCUGAUCGGACAACGCGACAUGCUGAUGCGGAAGAAAGCAUCGGUGCUCCGACCAGACUCGGUCCAAGCGGGCAAGGUCAGCCCUCCCUCAUCCAACUCGGCAUCAGAAUCCGGCUCCGUCCGCGGCAUCGCACCGUCGCCCGCCUACGGAUCCGUAGCGGCGAUGGGCCCACCCCAAGCCUGGCGGAACCACAGCGGCUCAGGGAACGCGCUGCCCAGCCGCAGGAGCUUCGAGAUGGGCGGCAUGUCAUCAGGGCCUGCCCUGAUCGACGCCGACGACCUGCCGCUCAGCCAGCGCAAGGCGAUGAUGCGCCAGGACAGCAGGACAUCGAUCAACAGCGGCUCGCUGGUGGGCGGGGCCAACUUCAACUCGCACCAGCCGCAGCGCACGUCCAACCUCCCCAGCCAGGCGGCGCGCGAGUCGCAGCUCGCCAGCUUCAGGCAGUCCGUCCAGCAGGACCUGCGCAGCGCGUCCGCGGGCCAGCCAGCGGUGAACGCGAACGCGCAGCUCGGGCACGGCGGCGGGUUCAACCCGGGCGCCACCACCCAGCAGGGCGGUGGUGCAGGCGGCGGCGGCGGCGGCCCGCUGAUCAACUCCAUCUACGGGGUCCCGGGGACGUCGUCGGCCAACUCGCUGCCGCAGCACGUGGUGCGGCAGAGCUACGACGCCGAGGUGCAGCGGGACAUUGACACGCAGCGCAGCUUCAUGAUGGGCCAGCGGCAGGCGGAGGCGCAGAAGCAGGCGACGCUCAAGAGCGAGCGGGAGCGCGCGGGCCGCAUGUUUGAGCAGCGCAUCCGGUCGGACCGCGACCUGAUGGAGAUGCACCGCGAGGCCAUGCGCAAGAUGCAGAGGCGGGCUAGCCAGGCGGACAGGCCGAUGCAGUGAGGAAGCAGGGGAGACGGGGGGGAAGAGACGAGGUGCAUGUGAUGUGGCGGCGGGUUUGGUUGUUUUUUUCUUUCGUGGAAAACGUUGCUUCUACCCGCUUGCCGGCGUAAACGGCUAGACCUUAAUGUUUUUGAUGACUUGUACUUAUUCUAGUGCUCACGAGUACUAUGGGUGGAUGGUAAAAAGGGGUGUAGGUAGAGCUAGGAUUUAUGUGUACAUAUAUGAUACCCAUUUCUAUGACAAGACGAGGUGAAGGCUAUUUGUGUUGUGGUGAAGUGUGGCAUUUGAGACCGUGCCUGGAAUUGAUCUGCCUUGCUGAUGCUUUUAACCUUGGUUGAGUUGUUGUUGUGGUGUUGUGGUGUUGUGGUGUUGCUGUGUUGUUGAUUAUGUAUGAAUUGCACAACUGCGAUGUUUACUAAAUACAGGCCUUGGGCCUUGAAUAAUGAUUGUGAAUGGACUGUAA